AGUGAUAAUCUAGUGAUAGAAGUAUCACAGGUAGUCUGUGCCUUAGAUGUUAGUAGGAUUUCCCUAGUCUGUGCUGUGCUUUGACAGUGCUCUGACAGCCAUGUCAUUCAUUGUCUCUGAACUGUCAAUGUCAAUGACGGACCAUGGGACGGACGGACAAGGAAAAUAACAAUUAAUUAACUUCAUAUCCAAAUAAAAUAAGUUAUUAUUUUGGAACGUGUAUUUUUGUCCGUCUUUCAAGAUUAAUAGUAACUCUAGUUUGUAGUUUCCUGAAUCAUGUAUGGAAUAAUCGUUUAACUCUUGGUGGUUAGUGACCUCGUCGAGUGAAGUUGAAGGACUAUUCGUGCAAUUUGUUUAGGUAUGUCGGUUUGGUCAGCCAGCACAGUUGGAAAUAAUUACCACUGUGCGCACUCAGCCGGUCGUUACAGUCAGUGUAAAACUUGGUGUCCAAAACUGAGCAAGCAUAAGUGCCUGAUGUCUGCGGAAACGCCAAUCCAGUCUGCAGAUGCACUGCAUACCCCUGCCUACCUAUCAUGGAGGAAACUACAGCUCAGCCGUGCCAAGCUGAAGGCUUCCAGCAAAACCUCAGCAUUACUGUCUGGUUUCGCUAUGGUGGCCAUGGUGGAGGUGCAGUUAAAUCCGCCCAACUCGACGGCGGUGCCUACUGAGAUGCUGGUGGCUUUCACAGUAUGCACCACAUUGUUAGUGGCAGUCCACAUGCUCGCCCUUAUGAUAAGCACCUGCAUACUGCCCAACAUCGAAGCAGUGGGCAACCUGCACAGCAUAGCUCUGGUGCACGAAUCUCCCCACGAGAGACUCCAUUGGUACAUCGAAAUCGCGUGGGCCUUCUCCACUCUCCUCGGCCUUAUACUGUUCCUUAUAGAAAUAGCUAUACUCUGCUGGGUUAAGUUUUAUGAUUUGAGCGCAACGGCCGCUUGGUCCGCGUGCGUCGUCCUUAUUCCCGUCAUGAUAGUAUUUCUCGCUUUCGCCAUACACUUCUAUAUGUCACUAGCAACGCACAAAUACGAAGUCACAGUGACGGGGAUCAAGGAAUUGGAACUGCUCAAGGAACAAAUAGAGAUGGGUGACCACGAGGGCCGUAUGAACAAUCUAACGCUAUUAGAUCAGAGUCGCAUUGUCUGAUAGGCAGCAUUUACAUAAUGUUUCAUCUUCCUGCGGAAUGUUAAUAACUUCGUUGUAAGUAACGACUUCCAUGUUUGCUCUGUUUAUACAUUUUCCUUUUUCCUAUGCUAUUGUAUAUAUAACUUGUAUUUAGAUGUUGUAAGAUUGUACUUAUUUUAAGCUCAUCUUUGGGAUGAAAUCAGUAGGUACAGUAAUUCCUAACUAAUGGAUGGAAAUCUCAUGAAAUUGUAUAAUCCAAAUGAUAGAAGUUAUUGAAAUUUCUAUUGGAACUUGUAGGCACUUUGAUAGUUACAUUAAAUGCGAAAAUUACUUAAUUACGAUAAUAAUGCAUUGUUUAGCCAUUUCUGUAGUGCCCGAUAAUUAUAUUGAUUAAGUUCUUUGAACAUGACAACGAAUCUCUUUCGCAGUAGUGAUCAUCAAUUUGUGCCAAUCAACAAUAGAAGCAAUCAAUACCAGCCUCGCUCGUUAAUCACAUUAACGUACCUACUUUGGUAGAUUAGUAAAGCAAAGUUUUGUAUUUUUGUCAUAAUAUGAAAAAUACGGUAAUUUUAUUUUCCAAGGACCAUAAUGUAAAAAUAAAAGAUACCUAAUUACUUUUGACGAAUUUGUUUAGUCCUAGGUACCUUCUUCUUAAUUUGUCAAAAAUUCCGACUGAUGGCAUGCUUAGCCAUAAUGGCCGGACAUAAUAGAUAAGAUUGCCAUAAUUAUAAUUUCCUUUCCCAAUUAAUAGGUCUGACAAAACAGUAUUCACAAUCUGUUUGAAUAGACGACUGUGAAGUAAGUAGGUAACUUAGUACAAAAACUGUGUAAACCGUAGUCGUUAUCUCGAGGCUCGCGCUAACAUGCGCUUACGCCGGCCUCCAAUGCGACUAGGGUUGCCAGUUGGUCAAAAAUCGACUGGUUUCUCCCGACAUUUCAUUUGAUAUCCAGACUUCUGACAAGUGACGAAAUCGCCCGACAAACUGACAUGACGAUACACUUACCAAUCUGAAAUUUUACGCGAGAAGUGGGGCUCAUGAACUGUCCAUUCUCGUCACUGUCACUUUCGGCUCGGACAGGAGGCAUCCAGCGAGGAGGGGGGGCUGAUUCUCCCGAAAACAAUCAUAAAAUCCCGACAUUUAAAUAUAUUAUCCAGAUAUUAUGACUUCUCGAUCUGGCAACCCUAUAUGCGACGCCUAUUGUUUAUUCUUUUAAUAUAGCCACGAAUUGAUACACCGUAGCGAUUAAACGAAGGACAAGUUGCCACGAACGUUUCAAACAGGUAAUACUUGUCUUGGUCUAAAAUGCAGAAUUCGCUUCUACUAUCAUAAUUUAUUAUAUAGUCACCCAAUUUGCUGUCUUAUAGAAAUUUUAUUCGUGCUGAGUAAAUAAUGCGAGACCGCAAUGUCUCCUCGUGACGCAACAUUGAUACAAAGAAAAAUUCAAAUCUUUUUUGGCACAUGUGUGAACAGGCUUUAGCGCAAAUACUUAAGAACACCGGAUUAUUCAACU